AUGUCACUGUUUCGUGUUACCGGUGCAGCAGUUAAUACGCGUAGUGGAUUUCUGUUAGCAAGCAAUAUAAGAGCUACUGUAGUUGAAGAUUGUGAUUUACGGUCAAUGGUUUUUUCCAGAUUACACCAAGCUGGGAAAUUGGUUAUAAUUCGGGAUGAAAACGAUGAAAGAAUAAGAAUAGCAUGUUUUAGUUCAAAUAGGCAAAUCGAAAUUUACCACAAAUUCCCUGAGGUCGUGGGUUUCGAUUCCACCUACAACACUAAUAGAGGAAACUAUAAACUGUUUCAAUUUGUUGUUACAGACUCUCAUGGAAAAGGUCUGCCGGUUAUGUUUGCAUGGAGUAGGCAAGAAAGGCUGGAUGAUUUAACGACGAUUCUGGAUAAAUUUAAAUGUGUAAUGGGUACGACUUCCAAUACAGAAACGUUUGUCAUGGAUUGCGCAAAAGCAUUGAGAGGUGUAGUUGAGACAACGCACCCACUUUGCAAUAUAAUAUUGUGUGCAUUCCAUGUUUCUCGUGCUAUGCGUAAAAAGACAAAAAGUAGGCUUGUUAGGCAGUACCUGUCGAGUAUGAUUCGCGAGGAAUCAAUUCAUGGAUUCUACACAUACCUCGGUAUCAUACGGCAUCUGGAUCCCCGUUUUGCGAGGUAUGUACACAGACACUGGCUGCCUUUGAAGAAACUAUGGGCAGCAGCAUUCAACCGUAGUGUUUUGUCACUUGGCAAUAACACUAACAAUCGCGUUGAAAGUUUACACAGAUGGAUGAAACGAAAUUUGUCAAGAGGUAUUACGCUACAUAAAUGUAUGUGGGAGGUGUACCGCUGGAGUGACAGGAGGUUGCGGAGAAUUGAUGGCGAACGAGAUGUGAACAUAAGAGUUCUGGACAACAGGAUACCUAGUUUGCAACCCUUACUGUCGAAAUUAACAGAGUAUGCCGGAAAAAAGGUUGUUGCAGAUUUCAGAAGAGUAAGAAGGGCCCGCAUUGAAAACCGUAUUUCUCACAACGUAUUUUUCGUCGACGGAUUCACACACCCAAUAGUUGAUAUGGCAAGAGGUACAUGUACUUGCAGGGUGUUCACCACCUGCAAGUAUCCUUGUCGUCAUAUGGUAAUCGCUCAUCUGACUUAUCCCCAUUUUGAAGGUAAGUGAGACGCACAUUGAUCUUACAAUACAGUUGAUCGCGUUCUGAAGAAUUGUCGACGAUGGAUGCUUGCUAACAAAUCCACUACCCGUAUUAACUGCUGCACCGGUAACACGAAACAGUGACAUUGAAAACUAUCAAAAGUUGAAGCGGAGGUUUUGUAGAUUUCUUGACGAACGCGUAAAUGCAGGUUAUGUAGAAAAAGCAACUGCCUAUUUAUUGUCUUCGUAUAACCGGUUAAAGGAAGGAAAGGAGGAUGUAUGAGACAUCAGUGAGAACGUGGAAUGGCCCUCUUUAGGGCCACCAAAUACCGAUUUCAUUGACUUCAUCAGUUUCACUUUAAAUUAUGAAAUCGGAUAAGUAGGGUAGGAAGAAAUUAAUCCGCAAUCUCAGUAAUGAUUGUGAAGAUGGUUUCCGAGUAAUUGUGAAUAGUGAAUCUGUUGUGGAGAUAGGAUAUACAUUUUUUACCGAAAAAAUCAUCUGAAUGUCCUAUUUAACCUUAUAAUUCUAAGACAGUCUUCAGUUGGUUACUAAGG